UCAAGUUUAGUCCGCGCCUCGGGAUUCGACACGGCUCCUGGGUGUACGAGCCAACAGUGAAAUAACGUAGAAAUCGUUUUAACAAGUAGAAGAAAAACAUACAAAGACGAUAUACAAGUUCAUUUAAGUGGUGCGUUUAUUUCUUUUGGAUACGGAACGGAUAAUCUUUUUUUCUUUGCAAUGUUCUCAUUGUUGCCGUUCAUCGUGCCGAUUCUCGACGGUGAUCGUUCGUAGAUCGUGUCGCUGCACUCGAAGGUAUAAGAAAACAUACAGUGACGAUACGGAAAAAGUAUUGUUUGUGAACUUAUCUCGUUCGGUGGAAUUUCAAAAGAAAAACACGGUUAAAAAAGACAGAAAGUGCACCGUGAAAUCGUGAAGAGACAGAAAGAGAAAGAGAGAGAGAGGGAAACGGAAGAGAGUUACAUUAAACGUCGCGUACUAUGUGGGACGUCGCGUCGAGUGACAUUCUAGCCUGGAGACAAAAUGGGGCCCGUUGAUCGGGCCCGGAAGAUCUCAGGGGUCCGAUUAUCAACGGAGGUAUGGAUGUCAUCGGGGACGGGGACGAGCAAACCCUCCAGGCGAUUCUCGGUCGGAGCGAUUUCGUCGGAGGCAUAGACAAUGAGGCCCUGGACUUCUCCCAGUUGGAAGAUUUUAUCAACAGCGACAGCGAACAACCGGCCACAUAUUUCGCGGAUACCCUUGCACACAAUGAGAACGGGGGUGGAACGACGACUCACGGUGGUCGUGUGGAGGCGGCAACCACUCAACAACCACCGUCUCGAUUGCCAUCGCCGAUUACCCAAAGUCAUCCGGUCUCGAGUACGUGCACAUCCGCUACCACCACUGUACCAAACGGCGCCGCUUACAAGGAUCCGCAAUCGUACGUUCACCCACAUGCAUUACCAGAAAGCCCACCAGACAGUGGUAGCGAGCCACCAUACUCUCCACCAGGUCACAACGAUACCCAACAUGUACAUUCACCGCAUCAAAAGGUAGCUCUUCAAGAAAUGCUUCUUCAUCACCAAGGGAAUCAAGCAAAUUAUGCUCCAAAUUUAUUACCUUCUUCGCCAAGAACCUUAACAUCCUCCACGGAUCCAAUGCUAUUAACUCAUACAGUGCUGACAUCUCAUCUUACCUCAGGAACGUCCAAUAUUCAAUCUCAACAACAGCAAAUAGGUCAGACUUUAGUGCCUUUACCGCACGAGCAUAGUCCUGGUAACAUUAACACAUUGUACUCGUCGCUACAAUCUGCUCCUAAGAAGAGAAAAUUAAGCCAGGAUGGUCUUGUCCAUGUGAAGCAGGUGCAACGAGAACCUGAACUAGGAACUGUAGAACACAGUUGUAGUAGUAGCAGUGCUGUUCUCGAUGGCGAUGAAGUGACGGAUAAUAGCUACAUAGACGCCAGUUACCAGUGUAUCCGAUUUCAUCCCUUUCAGCAGACAUCCUGGCAUGUUCUCUGUGAUCAUAAUCUGAAAGAACUUCCAGUGCCCCACUAUCGGGUGGAUGCGGAUAAAGGAUUCAAUUUCAGCAACUCGGACGACGCGUUCGUGUGUCAGAAAAAAAAUCAUUUUCAGAUUACUUGCCAUGCUCAGCUUCAAGGUGAAGCGAUAUUUGUCCGUACUGGUGAAGGGUUGAAAAAGAUAAGCAGCUUUCAAUUGCAUUUCUACGGUGUUAAAGUAGAAUCACCGACACAAACGAUCAGAGUCGAGCAGAGUCAAAGCGACAGAAGCAAGAAACCGUUCCAUCCGGUGACGGUGGAAUUAGGCGGCGAGCGUGUUACAAAAGUAACCGUUGGUCGUCUUCACUUCAGCGAAACAACCAGCAACAAUAUGCGAAAGAAAGGGAAACCGAAUCCUGAUCAAAGAUAUUUCCAUUUAGUUGUUGGCCUCCACGCUCACACUGCUGAUCAAGCCAGUUACCAAGUGGUAGCUCAUGCAUCGGAGAGAAUAAUCGUUAGAGCAAGUAAUCCUGGUCAAUUCGAGUCUGAAGGUAGUGGCGUAGGUGCAGAAGGUGGUUGGCAAAGAGGAGCAGCACCGGAUAGCGUUUAUCAUGCCGGUCGAGUUGGAAUUAAUACGGACAGGCCUGACGAAGCUCUAGUUAUUCAUGGCAACAUGAAGGUGACUGGCCAUAUUGUUCAACCCAGUGAUGCACGUGCAAAGCAAAAUGUACAGGAAGUGGACACGCGUGAACAAUUGCGGAACGUGCAACAGUUGAGAGUGGUUCGUUACAGAUAUGCACCAGAAUUUGCACAGCAUUCUGGUUUAGGUAUCAAACAGCAAGAAGACACGGGUGUCAUAGCGCAGGAAGUGCAACAAAUAUUACCGGAAGCUGUAUUGCCAGCUGGAGAUAUAGUUCUUCCAAAUGGUCAGAGGAUCGAGAAUUUCCUUAUGGUAAACAAAGAAAGGAUAUUCAUGGAGAAUGUGGGUGCUGUGAAAGAACUGUGUAAAGUAACAGAUAGUUUAGAAACUCGCAUUGAUCAAUUGGAACGAAUAAACAAGCGAUUAGCGAAGCUGAAAAGAGGAGACAGUCUGAAAAGUUCGAUUAGUACAAUCUCUAGUAUAUCAAGUAACAAAUACUCAUCCUCUAUCAAUAGUAAGGCCACUGUACAGGGGAAAGGAAAAAAGAGCGAGCGGGAAGACGAAUUUCUAUGCAGCAAUAAGUUUAUCCAAAUUAUAAUUGUUAUACUUAUUCUUAUCAUGGCGUUUUGCUUAGUUGCAAUGGCGACAUUAUACUUUUUAGAAUAUCAAAAACGUAGUAGCCUUGAAUGGACAGCGGUAGCUAGUAAUGGAAUGUUGGCUGUAAGACCAGCUCAUCCAUCAACAGCAUCAAGUACACCUAAUUAUGAUUCCCGAUAUAAUUCGUUGUUAGAUAGUACGUUGUCGUCUUUGUAUACUAAACAUGGAUCCCAUAGUAGAGAUUCGGAUAGUAGUUUGUCCGUGAGAACGAAUGCAUUUUCCACGCAAGCGCCUCAUACGAAACAACAACUUUAUUCUCAAGAAAUUACUUGGUAUCCUAUUAGUCAUUCUGGACCACAGCCAAAACUCGAAAAAAAUAGUGAAUUUCCUGGAAAUUGGUUAAGUAAAAGUGGUGCUGGUGCUAUUCCUAGUAAUGUAGAUGAAAACGAUCAAGGAUCGGAAGUGGAUCCAUCUGUAAAUAAAGGUCCAAUUCCAUUGGGUAGACCAUCGAAUUGUCCCAGACAUUUUAGUGAAUUUGAAAAUCCAUGUCAAAUAUUUUGUUGUACAGCCAAAAUUCAUCAAUUCGAGGAUCCUCAACCAGAUCAUCCUCCAGAAAAGAAAUCAAUUUCAGAUCAUAUAGAACAACCAUUAAAUGUUUAUGAGGAGAAACGUAAAAUAAGUAAAAGUUUCCAGAAUGGUAUUAGUCCAUCCGAUCCAAGCACGCAAACACUUGUAAAAGAAAAUAAUUACAAGUAUUUACAUAAAAGAACAAGAAGAGAAACCAGUAGUGGAGAUUGGACGGAAGUUGCUAGUAAUGCUGCAGGAUCAUUACCACCAGAACCAAAACCACAAUUGUGGAUAGUGGCAGAAAGUUUUAAUAUAUCACUUGAUCAAAAAUAUUGCUCUGCAAUUUCCCAGGAUACACCAAAUAAUAUAUCUUGCAUCAUUCCUUUAUCCAAAUACAUGCCAGAUGUUCAACUUACAUUACACUUUAUUGGAAUGUCUUGGUAUGGACAACUAGUGCAGCAAUGCUCUUCACCAACGAAUCCUGGUAUUGACGAAACUUUGAUGUGUGGCCGGAAAUAUACAAUGCAACAGCAAACUCAAUUGAAGGUUGAUAUUGAAACUAACAAUCAGCGGGGAGAUCAAUCUUUUUCUCUCGAUGUUGCUCAUUAUCUCAGGAGAACAUUGAGGUUUCGGAUACCUACUGUACAACCUCAAGAGAAUAUCUGUAAGAACAAACAUGGUAUUGAUUACUCGGAAUACACGUUGCACUUCUAUCGAGAUUGUGAAGAAUAAUUAAUUUCUUAAAAAUACGAUUUCAUAAAAAAGAUUUUACGUUUCUGUUCAAAAGAUUAUUGAAUAUCUACACAACAGGACCUUCUUGUGCCUUCGUAAUAUAUUUUGUCUUCACUUUCUUCAAGUAUGAAAUUAUAUACUUACAAUAUGUUUGGUAAUAUAUCUAUACAUAUCGUCAAAUAAAUCUGUAACUGUAUUUUAUAUAUUAUUAUAAUACACUAUAUAGUAUAAUUGUUGUUCAAUAGAAACGAACUCAAGCAGUAGAUAUAACAUAAUAAUAUUUAGAAUUAUCAUUUCAUUAGUUAGAAAAGUAUACGUGCUUUUUUUCAAGAUAUAUAGAACGUGAAUAGUUGAUGGGUGAUAUUAAAUUUUUUAUAAUUUUUUUCUAUGAAAAAUAUGAAAAUAAAAUCAAUGAUAAUUUUGAUAUUGUUAAAUGUAAAAUAUUGUAUAAAAUAAAUUAAAUUAAUAUUAAAGAUUCAAUUUUAAAGUUGACUCAAUGCAUAUAUACAUUUUAAAUAAGAAUUCUCUCAAAUCACACCCAUCAACUAUAAUUAAGGAUUAACGUCCCGUUCCAAUCAUUUUUACCUUAUUUAUACUCAUGUACAGAAUAUUGUUAUGUUAUUAUUAUUAUCGGAUACAUAUUCGUACUAUAUUAAGAAGAAAAGAAAUUAAUAAUCGAUGUUCCAGCCAAAUUAUAUUUUGAUUUUAAUUUAUAGAA